CUUGCCCUAACUCGUCGUCCACAGUUCCACAGCACCAAAGCUUCCCCAACCGCUACUUUAUCCCUGCUUGACCUGGUCUUCUUCAUCGACCAUCCCAGCAUUUUUUUUCCCUUACGAAUUUAUUCUUGAAUUCUAAACAGUUUCUUCGUCUUCUUCUCCUUCUUCUACUUCUUCAUGUUCAGCUUCUUGUUCCAAGCUGAAUGUUGGAAGGAAUUGUUGAACAUGUGCUCUCAAAUUUGAAAUUCCCGCUACUUCAUUGCUUUAACUCAUCGAUUUUUAUUUUAAUUUAACUGAUUUUGCUGAAAGCUAGCUCAAAUUGGGAAUGUUCUGCAGAAUUUUGCAGUUGCUAGCUCCUGAGGCGCUGAGAGCAGUUGCCCCUCCGUGAAUUCUUUGGCGUGCGCGCCAUUACUGUCAGUACGGAUGUUUAGAAGCAACAAUAUCACUGCCAGGAUUUUUGAGCGCCAGAUUUGCACUCCUGCUCCUGGAACUAGCAUUCAUCGUGCCAGGCUAUUUUAUGAGGACAUAGUUCCAAGUUACACCGUAUAUGAUGUGGAGUGCCCUGACCAAUCCUUUCGCAAAUUCACUGAUGAUGGUCUGUAUCUCAUUAGCUUCAGCAGAGAUCUUCAAGAUCUGAUUGUUUAUAGGCCAACGUGGUUGUCAUUUUCAUGCAAUGAAGAAGAUUGCAAUGGCCAUGAGCUUCCUCCGAAAGCCAAAAAGUUUGAGAGCUUCUUCACCCAGCUUUAUAGUGUUUCACUUGCUUCCAGUGGUGAGGUUAUAUGCAAAGAUUUUUUUCUCUACUUGGAGAGCAGCCAAUUUGGACUCUUUGCAACGUCAACCGCAACUGCACAAGUUCAGGAUGCACCUUCUGUCAUUGGAGCAGUCCAUGGGAUCCCUUCAAUUGAAAAAAUUACUUUUCACAUUUUGAGAUUGGAAGAUGGAGCUAUACUUGAUGAGAGGGUUUUCUGCAAUGAUUAUAUUAAUUUGGCACAUAAUAUUGGUGUAUACUUGUAUGAUAAUUUGUUAGCAAUAUUGUCCCUUCGCUAUCAAAGAAUACACAUUCUUCAGAUAAGAGAUUCCGGAGACCUGGUAGAUGUUCGAUGCAUUGGAGAAUUUUGCCACGAAGAUGAUGAACUAUUUCUCAAUUCUUUCUCCCAGGUUGGAGGGAAUCUUAAUAAUAACCAACCUAUUCCAGAAACUUCUUUCCUGGGUGUCCUUAAACAAAGGUUGCUUUCCUUCAUAUUUCGAGGGAUAUGGAAUGAAGAAUCAGAUCAAACCAUGAGAAUGCAGAGCCUUAAGAAGAAGUUCUACCUCCAUUUUCAAGAUUAUGUUGAUUUAAUAAUCUGGAAGGUGCAAUUUUUGGACCGACAUCACCUGUUAAUCAAGUUUGGCAGUGUUGAUGGUGGGAUGUCACGAAAUGCCGAUAACCAUCCUGCAUUUUUUGCUGUUUAUAACAUGGAGACUACUGAAAUAGUUGCCUUUUAUCAGAAUUCAGCUGAUGAGCUUUAUUCAUUGUUUGAAUUCUUCUGCGAUCACUUUCAUGCAUCGUCAAGAAGUUCAUUGCAUAUGAACUUCAUAUCUACUCAUUCAAAUAAUAUUCAUGCCCUUGAGCAACUAAGGUGUACUAAAAAUAAAGCAAGUAGCUCUUCUCAGUUUGUUAAGAAGGUGCUGGCAACUCUACCUUUCAGUUGUCAAUCUCAGAGUCCUUCACCAUAUUUUGAUCAAUCUCUCUUCAGAUAUGAUGAAAAGCUUAUCUCAGCAGCCGAUCGGCACAGACAAUCCACUGAUCAUCCCAUCAAAUUCAGUUCAAGGAGGCAGCAAGUGAAUAAUAAUAACCUCAAAUUCAAAAUCAAAGCAGGACCUGAAGCUGGCAAUGCCGAUGGACGGGCAAAGAAGAUAUCUUCGUUUCUCUUCCAUCCAAUAUUUCCCCUGGCGCUUUCGAUUCAACAAACCCUGUUUUUGCAGCAAGCAGUUGUAAAUAUUCAUUUUCGGGCUUUCGGCGGCCGUGAUCGUGACCGAGAUCGAUAGUGUUAAAAUGUUUUCUGCUAAUCUGCUAUUGUUCAUUGGAAUACCCUUUUGUUAGUGUGGAAUCAACAUAAACUGGACAAUCACUUGACAGAUUGUCAUUUGAUCUCUCAUCUUUGUUCUAAGAAAUUUUGACCGAGUGUAUGUAUAUUUGCGGCACACAAUUUUCACUCCUUGCUG